AUGUGCGGAACCAGACACCUGCUGACUAUAGGCCUGUUUUUCGUGGGAUUUAUUAACGGAAGUCGAUUGCAUGGUGGGUGCGAUCGUAGAGUUUCAAGCCCCAGUCAUAACUGCCCGCAGCAAGACUUCACACUAGAGGUUGUGUUUCGACAUGAAGUGUACGUGGACCGGUACUACCGAUGCGUUUUCGGAGAAGCGCGCGAAUUUCUAUGCCCGUUUGGCAUACCUUUCGAUCCAGUGCAGGGGCGUUGUCGGUACGCAACAGAGGCUGAUAUCAAAUCGUGGCAAGUGAAAAAACUGGUACCAUGUGACAAAUGUGUGACCGGCAACGAGAUUGUCGGACUUGGUGCUUUCCUACCCGAAUAUAUGCAAUGCGUAUACAAAGGGGUGGCGGAGAAACCAACAACUACAACUACUCCAAAGACUACAACGACAACUUCAAAAUCAACAACCACAACAUCCAAACCAACGACUACAACAACUUCAAAGACAACGACAACAAGAACUCCAAAGACUACUACAACAACCACAACAUCCAAACCAACAACUACAACUACUCCAAAGACUACAACGACAACUUCAAAAUCAACAACCACAACUUCCAAACCUACGACUACAACAACUUCAAAAACAACGACAACAACAACUCCAAAGACUACUACGACAACUCCUAAAUCAACAACCACAACAACGACAACUUCAAAAUCAACAACCACAACAUCUAAACCAACGACUACAACAACUUCAAAGACAACGACAACAAGAACUCCAAAGACUACUACGACAACUCCUAAAUCAACAACCACAACAUCUAAACCAACGACUACAACAACUUCAAAAACAACGACAAGAACAACUCCAAAGACUACAACAACGACAAGAACAACUCCAAAGACUACAACAACGACUCCAAAGACUACAACAACAACUUCUAAAUCAACAACCACAACUUCCAAACCAACGACUACAACAACUCCAAAGACUACCACGACAACUUCAAAACCAACAACUACAACAACUUCAAAAACAACGACAACAGCAACUCCAAAGACUACUACGACUACUUCUAAAUCAACAACAACAACUUCCAAACCAACAACCACAACUACUCCAAAGACUACAACAACAACUUCUAAAUCAACAACCACAACUUCCAAACCAACGACUACAACAACUCCUAAGACUACCACGACAACUUCUAAAUCAACAACCACAACUUCCAAACCAACGACAACAACAACAUCGAAACUAACUACCACAACUACUCCAAAGACUACUACGACAACUUCCAAACCAACGACAACAACUCCAAAACCAACGACAACAACCACUCCAAAGACUACAACGACAACUUCUAAAUCAACAACCACAACUUCCAAACCAACGACAACAACAACUUCGAAAACAACGACAACAACAACUCCAAAGACUACUACGACAACUUCUGAAUCAACAACCACAACAUCCAAACCAACAACUACAACCACUCCAAAGACUACUACGACAACUGCUAAAUCAACAACAACAACUCCAAAGAUUACAACUACGACUUCUAAAUCGACAACCACAACGUCCAAACCAACAUCUACAACAACGACAAUAACUCCAAAGACAACUACGACAACUUCUGAAUCAACAACCACAACUUCGAAACCAACGACAACAACAACUUCCAAACCAACGACAACAACAACUCCAAAGACUACAACGAAAACUUCUAAAACUACAACCACAACAUCCAAACCAGCAACUACAACCACUACAAAGACUCCUACGACAACUUCUAAAUCAACAACAACAACGUCCAAACCAACGACAACAACAACUUCAAAACCAACGACAACAACAACUCCAAAGACUACAACUACAACUUCUAAAUCAACAACCACAACAUCCAAACCAACAACUACAACUACUCCAAAGACUACUACGAGAACUUCUAAAUCAACAACAACAACUUCAAAACCAACGACAACGACUCCAAAGACUACAACUACAACUUCUAAAUCUACAACCACAACUUCCAAACCUACGACAACAACAACUCAUAGCACUACAACGACUCCAGAGACCACUACGACAACUUCUGAAUCAACUACCACAACUACAAACCCAACAACUACAACAACUCCAAAGACUACUACGACAACUUCUGAAUCAACAACCACAACUUCCAAACCAACGACAACAACAACUCAUAGUACCACAACUACUCCAAAGACCACUACGACAACUUCUAAACAAACAACCACAACUUCCAAACCUACGACAACAACAACUCAUAGCACUACAACGACUCCAGAGACCACUACGACAACUUCUGAAUCAACUACCACAACUUCAAAACCAACGACAACAACAACUCCAAAGACUACUACGACAACUUCUGAAUCAACAACCACAACUUCCAAACCAACGACAACAACAACUCAUAGUACCACAACUACUCCAAAGACCACUACGACAACUUCUAAACAAACAACCACAACUUCCAAACCUACGACAACAACAACUUAUAGCACUACAACGACUCCAGAGACCACUACGACAACUUCUGAAUCAACUACCACAACUUCAAAACCAACGACAACAACAACUCCAAAGACUACUACGACAACUUCUGAAUCAACAACCACAACUUCCAAACCUACGACAACAACAACUCAUAGCACUACAACGACUCCAGAGACCACUACGACAACUUCUGAAUCAACAACCACAACUUCAAAACCAACGACAACAACAACUCCAAAGACUACUACGACAACUUCUGAAUCAACAACCACAACUUCAAAACCAACGACAACAAAUGAAUCUGGCACAACAUUUAUGACAACAACUCCAAGCAUUACUACAACAACUGAAGAGACUUCAACAACCCAAAAGACCAGUGAAGAUUCAACAACAACUGAAAAAACUACGACACCUGAAGGAAUCACAUCAACAACUGCUGAAACAUCUUCAGAAGGAACUACAACAACUGAAGGAACUAUCACAACUAAAAGUACAACCACAAUUGAAGGCACUACCACAACUGAAAAAACUACAACUGAAGCAACUACAACAACUGAAGGAACUACAACAACCGAGGGGACAACAGCUGAAAGUACGUCAACAACUGCUCCUGAAGAAUUAACAACAACUGGAGGUGACUCAACAACAACGACGGGAAAAACGACAACAACCGAAGAAACAACAUCUACCGUACAUACAACAUCAACUGCUGGAACUACAACCACCAUACAUCCGGAUACAUCCACUUCCGAAGCGAUAACAACAACCGAAAUUUCGACAACACACGAUGAUUGUGGAGAAACACCAUCAGCAGCAACAGCUGACCAUGAAUGCCCGGUGACAACGACAACGGCAAGUACCUCCGAAACGACCACCACCGCUUCCGAUGAAGACGAAACGACGUGCAGCUGUAGAAAAGUUAGAAAAACAACGCCACGGCGGACAACUACCGAAGCGCACGACUAA